CGCGUUAGCCCGUAAUGCACGUGUAGGCCGGAAACACCGAAAGUAUCCACCGAAAUGUUUUGGAGCCAGAGCUGAGAUACGAAGAGGUGAGUGCUGGAGUUGUGCUGGAGUUGUGUUGGAGUUGUGCUGGAGUUGUGUUGGACUUGUGUUGGACUUGUGUUGGACUUGUGUUGGACUUGUGUUGGACUUGUGUUGGUACCUGGAUGCUGCUCUGGAACUGGAAUGGAACUGAUGUGUUGUUCAAUGAACGUUGUAUCUGACUAUGUGCUGCAGUUGUUUGAGGAAAACACUCGCUAUUUGCCCUCCAAUGGAUCGAAGUAUGUGCAGUUCUUUAACACUGAGGACUACUUGGAGUUUAUCGACAAGCACUUGGAGCUGAUCUACGAGUCCUCCCAAUGGUUGACUGAUUUCUUGAAGAGUGCUGAGCAUACUGUUUGUUUUCCUUGUUUUCGCAAACUGAAAGAGGAGCUGGAUAGUCACCAAAAAUCGACUCAAACCAGUGAUCAAACUACUGGCGGUAGUACUGAUGAUAAUGACCAUGAGAUGCUACCAAUUGAUGAAUUCGAUGAAUUGGACAAUCUCAAUCACAUUGCUGAUGACCCCCAGAGUUUGAGAGACUUCUACGAAAAAAACCUUUUUUUCAAAUCAAUAAAACUAAACAAAUAUUACAAGCUAUCAGACUUAAUUUAUUUACCCCCUGAUGUCGACUCAUAUUUUACACAUCAUCUAUUGAAUUUUUUAAGAAUUUAUUUGAUUUUAAAACCUGCAACUUGCUUUAUUUACUUUGACGAAUUACUUCCUUCCUCCAUCUUAUCAACUAUUCCCUUGGAUGAUCAGUUUAUAGGUAAAUUAAAUCUAUUAAGAAUUAACAUAAAUCAAACUAUUUUAUUGUUAUUUUUCAGAAACAUCGAUUUUGAUAAUUUUAUAUCAACCUAUUUGCCAAUUUUUACUCUAAUAUUAACCUCAUUUGAGGAUCUAUUUCUUUUUAACAAUAGUAAUAAUGAUAAUAGUAAUGAUAACAGUAAUGAUAAUAGUAAUAAUAAAAAUAAUAAUGGAAAGAUUCAAGAUUAUUCUGAUGACUUGCUCUUUCUAUCACUUGUCACUUUAAUCUAUGAUCCCCAAACCAAAGAUUUUUCUCCAGACUACUUUAACCAAAUUUUUCAAAUAUUAUUAAACUCUUUUCAAAAUUCCCCCUUAAAAACUCAAUACCAAUCUCAUUUUGGAAUUGCUUUAAAAUAUUCGCUUUCAACUUCAAAUUUAUUAUCCUCAUUAAAAAUUAUUUAUGCCCAUGAUUUAAUUCAAAAAAAUUUGUUCAAUCUAAUUCUGAAAUUAAUAAAUAACUCACCCUUUUCAACUUCAAUCGUCAACUACAAAUUAAUUAAAGAAACAAACAAAACUAAAAAUUUGCAAAAACAAUUAUCCGAUUUACAAACAAAAUUCAAUGAUCUAAAUGACUUAAAACUAUCAACUUGUGAUAUUGAUUUAGAUACCCUAGAAAAGGAAGUGGAAUCUCAAAAUAAUCAACUAAUCUCAAAACAGUUACAGUUGGAAAAGAUUAAAUCUGAUAUUAACUACAAAAAAGAACAAUUAAAAAUCCAACAUCUAGAUGAUGACGCUGGCGUUUAUGAUGAAGCCUAUGAAGAAGGAACUUUAGAAGCUAAUAAAGUCUUUGAUGAAAAAAAUUUUCAGCUACAACAAUCGAUUACUAAAAUUUCCAACGAUUUCCAAAUUGAAAAGGAUAAUUUAACUCUGAAAUUAAAUGAAGAAUUUGAUAAACUCAAAACUGAAUAUGAACAGAAAAUCUCAAAAUUAGAAGCUGAAAGUGAAUUUUGGAAGUCAAAAUUUUUAGCUAAACAACAUGAAAUAUUCGAAAAAUCUUUAGAAUCAAAAAAUUAUAAUGAUUUUAGUUACAAGUAUUAAUCAUUUACUAUUUUUUUUU